GAGAGAGAGAGAGAAAUCACACAGGCAAAACCACUCCAGUGAGAGGAACGGUGUUUAGGGAUCGCUAUAUAAACCGCGGCGCGUCUCUUCUUGGUCACUGGCGCUUUACGCACUCAAGCCAUCGCAAGCGGAGCAACCUCAACCCGAUUAAACUGUGACAAUGCCUCACAGAUGGGGAUACGGAGCGGAUGACGGCCCGGACACAUGGCAUGAGAAGUUUCCGAUAGCUAAUGGACCCCGCCAGUCUCCCAUUGACAUUGUGACUGGUGAGGCUCAGUAUGACCCUGAGCUCAGGCCACUCAUACUGCGUUAUGAUCCAUCAGUUUCGAUGGACAUCAUCAACAGUGGCCACUCCGUCCAGGUCACUUUCGCAGAUGACGAGGACACAUCAACUCUGACAGGGGGGCCCAUAACCGGCACCUACAGACUUAAACAGUUCCAUUUUCACUGGGGAUCUAGUGAUGAUAAGGGCUCAGAGCACACAGUUGAUGGAAAACUGUACCCUGCUGAACUUCAUCUAGUUCACUGGAAUACUACGUAUCCCAACUUUGGAGAAGCUGCUAGCAAGUCUGAUGGCCUCGCUGUGGUUGGAGUCUUCCUGGAGAUUGGUGAUGAAAACCCUCAACUCCAGAAGGUUCUUGAUGCACUGGAUGUCAUUAAAGCAAAGGCAGCGCAGACUUCGUUUGCAGACUUUGACCCCACUAUGCUGCUGCCUAGCACACUGGACUACUGGACAUACGAUGGCUCCUUGACCACGCCCCCACUGCUCGAGAGUGUUACAUGGAUUGUCUGCAAGAAGUCAAUCAGUGCUAGCUCUGCACAGAUGGAGAAAUUCCGUGGCCUGCUCUUUUCGGCGGAGGGGGAGCCCGAGUGCUAUAUGGCGGAUAACUACCGCCCACCACAGCCUCUGAAAGAUCGUAAAGUCCGCACAUCUUCCAAAUGAGCUGCUCUUGGAUUCUUAAUCCUGCCCAAAUCCUGUCAUGUUGUUUUGUUUUCAUAUGAGAAUAAUAUUUCCCUGCCAUCUGGCAAGAACA